AUCUAUCAAGGCACGAAGAAAAAGUGCUUUAGUUAUCACUUUGCAUGUCACACGUUCAAUACUAUCUUACAAGUCACGUCUGUCAUUGGACAGUAUUGUACGCCAGAUGAGGCUAGCCCGGAAGUCACGUUAUGAGGAGGCUGAGUAACAUCUUCACACAGCUGGGUUAUGAGGAGGACACCAUACAACACGCCCAUUGCAUCAGCAGUCAUGUCUCUAUGUAACGUCUGCAAGUCUAUCUCAUUUCGUGAACUCAUUGACAAUGACGAAGGAGUGAUCCUUAUCGAUGGCUUCAGGUUCAAUUCUGUUGGACGAACAUCACCAAUGUUCUUAGACCGCCUUCCUUGGAACGAGCGACGAUGCACUGUUUCAGAAUUGGUGUCUCGCGCGAAGAUGUGCCGACUUUGUGACAGUAUCUUGCUAUAUAUCAGGAAUAGAGAAUGGUAUCUGAUAGACGCGGAAAAACAUGUAGGAUGGGAAGGGGUCAAGAAGGCUAUUCCGCGAAGUCUCAUGAUCUGGACGACGCUACACGUGCAUCAACACGCUGGUCCUAGCCUCACCGUCGGGUUAGGCAAUCCCCAUCAUGCAAAGACUAUGGUUCUGUGGAUUGAUCUCUGCAAAAGACUCAACAGUUCGUUGAAAAGUUGGCUCCCCCGUGUCAGCUUUCCAGAGACAAUUCAUCCCCAUACAAUGAACCUCAUGCUGUCCUGGCUAGAUGAAUGCAACGAUGGCCAUUCCAAGUGCUCUCAUUUGUCAACCAGACUUGUUUCACUACCGACAAGAGUCUUGGACGUGAGCGCAUUACCUGGACCAGAACAAGUUCUUGACAAUUGUUACAGCUGGCGAGAGCUAUUUCAUGGAGGGAGUUGCAAGCUUGUCCAGACUUCCCAUCGUCAGACCGGCCAUUAUGUUGCCUUGAGCUACUGCUGGGGCGCUAGCUUGCCCUUCACAACAACUACAACCAAUUUGCAAGCACACCAAUCUGCUAUUGGUUUCGACACAUUACCCCAGACUUUACAAGAUGCUAUCUUGAUUGCACGAUGGAUGGGCAUUGAAUACAUUUGGAUUGAUUGUCUGUGUAUACUACAAGACUCCAAAACAGACUGGGAACACGAAGCUGCACGCAUGGCAGACGUCUACUCUAACGCAUACCUGACCGUAGCUGCUUCGAGAGCAGAGCACUGUGGGAAGGGAUUUCUCAGCCUUCGUACAGUAUCCCACCCGUUGUGUAUGGACAUCGAAGAUGAUGAGGGCUCACUCGAGUUUUACUUCCAAUUCCAAUUGACUUCCAAUCGAGAUGACGAGCAGCCUCUGGAUUGUCGUAAAUGGGCUGUUCAAGAAAGUCUUCUCUCUCAUCGUGUUCUAAGUUUCAAUGAAGGACAUAUGACCUGGAGAUGCGACGAAAUCUUUGAAGACGAGAACGGUUUCUCAGGACCUGCCUGUAACAUUCUCGCCAGACGAAUUGAAGUAAUCGCACAAUCUAUGAGCCAAACUACAUUCGGACUAGAUCAUUGGCCCCACCUUAUAAAGUCCUACAGCGCACGCCAAAUGACCUAUGAGACCGAUACUUUUCCAGCAAUAUCCGGUAUCACCCAAAAGAUUCAGCAACUCACUGGGGAUAUGUAUUACGCUGGAUUGUGGAAGCAACGCUUCCUAGAUGGCCUCCUAUGGCGCCCAGCCAUAGAACUGGGUUCGCAAGCAAGAAUGGAAGGACACCCCCAAGCACCGAGAAGACGACACGAAUGGAUCGCGCCUUCGUGGUCUUGGGCGUCUGUGAAAGGCAAAAUUACACACCCAUUAUGGGACUCAAAACAUUUUGAGUACUGUGCUUGCCUCGAAGAGUGCAGCGUCACUUAUCACGGCACUGACCCCUUGGGCGCACUUAAGGAGGGUUUCGCCCGCCUAUCAAGACCAGUGACGCUUGUCACAGAGGUCCAAGCUGAAGGCGAAUUGCCGCUUGGCUAUAAUUCAAGUUGUAUGAUUCAGCUCAGCAACGGCACGUGGACUGAAGGUUCAGUCUAUUUCGACUUCGUUCAUCAUAUGCCCUGCGAUGUAUUGAUGAUUACACCAGAUUGGGGCAUAUGUAUUGAAAAAGUUGAACAUAUAACGAACACAUAUGUGCGUAUUGGUGUUGUUCAGAUAUGGCCGAUGCGACAUACUAGUGACAGUGUUGCUUACAACCUCGAGUGCCGGAGAUUUCCGGCGACGAGAAGGGACCCGAGUUUGCCAAUUACUUCGGAUCAUGUUUCACCGCGUACAAUUAUAUUGAUUUAGGUGUAGUUGAUCGUGGCUCGUGUUGAAAUUUUAUCGUCUCCAUUACUCUCAGUGUCGUUCUGCUGCGCUAAGUCACAUUGAUGUAAAGCUCAAACGCCAAACCCAAAAAUUGACCAUCCUCAAUCUAGAGACCCAAGCUAUGGAAAAAAGUCAGCAAAGAAGGAUUGAGAA